GGAAGAUAAUAAAAGCAGUUUUUUAAAUGAAAGCUUGUUGUGCUUCCAGGACCUGGGGAAGAAGAAGAAGGAGGAAGAGGCGGUGGGAUCAGACUUUGAGCCGUGGUCUCUGAAGAGAGGAGAGAUCCUGGCCAGGUUCACCACCACAGAGAAACUGUCCAUCAAUCUUUUCAUGGGAUCUGAUCGAGGGAAAGCUCCCAGUCCGGGAUCCUCCGCCGUGUCGGAGAAAGUUCGGACUCGUCUGGAGGAGCUGGACGACCUGGAGGAGGUAU